AUGCGAUCGAGCGCUGGGUUGUUGGUUAGUUAUUGGUGGUUAGUGGUUGCGAAGGACUGCAGUUAUGUGUGCUCCCUCAAUGAAAAUGCGGUUCCUUCAAGUCAGUGUCUCCAGCUAUGUACGAAUGGGUCCUCGUUGACUGCCCCCUGCAGCGAGGACUGCUACAACGUGGACGCUUGUUUCCAUGCCAUUAGUAUCGGGUAUGACGCGAGUGCGGACCAGCAGAGCUACAAAAGCCAAAUCACGGACACGGCGGCACAGUGCCACAUUAGUUGUAUCGGGGAUAGAGGCUGUUUUGCCUGGCAGUGGGACAUGUCCGGCAGCCACAAGUGUGUUUUCAAGACCGAAGAUCAAGUCUUCCGGGCGGCUAGCCAGACAGUCCAAGACGAGAACGGCAACCCAGUGGAUGUGGAUACCGAGUUCUGUGAUAGCAACGCCUAUCAGAACCAGAGCAUAGGACUGCAACGAACCUCUGGAUACAUGCAGCCUUCUAACCACCACGACAACGACCACUACCACUACUACGAAGAGGACCACCACAACCACCCCCACGACAACGACAACCAAGUCGACUACAAAGACAAAAUGGACCCUACCCCCAACGCCGCCCACGCUGAAACCCACCACUACCACAACCAAGUCGACUACCCCCACCACUACCACAACCCAGUCGACACCAACUUCAAGUUGGGCGAGUUCCACAACGAGACCCACGGCGAGUCCCACAACGAGACCUACGGCGAGUCCCACAACGAGACCUACGGCGAGUCCCACAACGAGACCUACGGCGAGUCCCACAACGAGACCUACGGCGGGUCCCACAACGAGACCUACGACGAGACCUACGGCAAGUGGCACGACAAGCACCACUACCACGGCGCGUCCGAAACGUACGAAGCCGCCAUGGCAAUCUUUGGUUUCUUGGCUGUUCGACAAAGACGGGACGAGCCGGAGGAGUUGGACGGAGACUUCCACGAGCACGAGACGGAGGAGGAGCAGGAGGCAGAUGAGGAG